AAUAAAGACGAGCAGGGACUAACAUCAUUGAUGAAAUCAUAGUCGAAGCAUACCUCCACUUAACUCCACAAGUCAUCGCCCCUUGCUUUAGUCCCCUCUCGUCCAUUUAACGACCAGAAAAUUAAAAAGACGAAAAGCGCAAAAUAGAGACACAUGUACUCAUGCACUGUGUGCCCAGUUGGCUACCAAGAUUUCCCCAAUGAUGAGAACAGAAUCUGCCUUUACAACAAAAGAAAUCAUCACGAGCUGAUGAUUGUCUGAUAUCUUCAUCAACAAAUGUAUUGAACGUUGACAAAUGAUUGCUUUUAUUUAGCAACCAAAACAGUGCAUCCUCAUAAUCAGAACAAGCCAUUAAGGUAGACUAUUGAGUCUGCACAUUUUUGCUCUGAUGGGGUCAGGAGAAGAUGGCACACCUACAAAAUCUUCGAAACCUGCAUCCUCAGUGCAGGAAGCAUCAAGUACACCUACUACACCUGCCUAUCCUGAUUGGUCGAGCUCUAUGCAGGCCUUUUAUGGUCCUGGAGCAACUCCACCUUUCUUUGCUCCACCUGUUGGCUCUCCAACUCCUCAUCCCUUCUUGUGGGGAGGGCAGCAUCCUCUCAUGCCACCUUAUGGAACACCCGUGUAUCCGGCUAUGUAUCCUCCUGGAGGAGUUUAUGCUCAUCCUAACAUGGUUAUGAAUCCAGGUAACGUACAUGGAACUGCAGAAUUGGAUGGAAAAGCCAACGAUGGGAAGGACCGUCCUUCAAGCAAAAAAACCAAAGGGGCUUCAGGGAAUAAUGGCUCAAUUGGUUUAAAAACCGGAGAUGGUGGAAAAGCAACUUCUGGCUCUGGAAAUGAUGUUGGAACUCAAAGUGGUGAAAGUGGGAGCGAAGGUUCAUCAGACGCAAGUGAUGAUAAUAAUCAGGAUUUCUCAAAGACCAAAAAGGGAAGCUUUGACCAGAUGCUCGUGGACGGAGCAAACGCGCAGAACCAUUCCGUCCAAUCUAGUUUGCAGCCAUCGGCAGCCGGAAAUCCGGUAGCAUCUGUGCCUGCAACUAAUCUGAAUAUAGGAAUGGAUUUGUGGAAUGCAUCUCCUGCUGGCUCUGGUUCUAUGCCAAUGCGCCCAAAUCAAAAUGUGCCUCCACAUGUGGCUCCAUCUGGCAUGGAUGAACGUGAAUUAAAAAGGCAGAAGAGAAAGCAAUCCAAUCGGGAGUCUGCUCGAAGGUCAAGAUUACGCAAGCAGGCUGAGUGUGAAGAGCUACAGCACAGAGUGGAGGUGUUGAAUAACGAGAAUCAUACUCUCAGAGAUGAGCUGCGUAGGCUUUCUGAGGAAUGCGAGAAACUCACCUCCGAAAAUAUCACCAUUAAGGAAGAGCUAGUUAGGUUGUACGGCCCAGAGGCUGUGUCUAAACUAGAGGAUAACAACCCAACAGCACAUGAUGGUCAGUCUCGUGAUGAGGAUGGUAACUGAUAGGAGAGAGCAGCCGAGCAAAGUUGGAAGACAAACUAUAGUUAGGUUAAAUAAAGUAAAAGCUAUAUUAAUGGCGCCUACUAAUCUUUUACAGCGUCUAACCAUAUAUCAGUACCGUUAAUCUGCAUGUGUCUCAGAUUGCUUUUCUUUAAGGCUUUGGAUGUUUAUGUUGUUUGAGUUGUAUCCGUACUUUACCAUACUAUACUGUCCUGUUUGACUGGUGUAGGAGUUUGAAGGUCAUGCUAUGUUGUUUGUGCUACUCUUAUGAUUACAGAAAUUCAUAUGUUGUGUGCAAAUUUGUUUUCUAAAUCAACUGUUUGAUUUUCUAUCCUCAUUCGAGGCCACGAGAAUAUCCAAGAAUAUUUUCAAGGAAAUAUUCCCUCUUAAUAUAGUUUCAAAACGUGCUGAGUACGCUUCGGAAAUUCUUCAGCUUUUGGUUCGGAUAUGGUUGUUUCGCACGCUUCGGAAGUUUACUUGGCAACAUUACAUGCUUCGGUUUUUGUUCGGAUAUGGUUGUUUCGCACGCUUCGGAAGUUUACUUGGCAACAUUACAUGCUUCGGUUUUUUGUUCGGAUACAAUUCCCUAAUUGUUUAAAAUAAAAUACUUAAUAAAUAGAAUU